AUGUAUGCCACACGAGUUCUACGCCAAGCGGCAGCACACGCCGAGCGCACUCCCUUGAUUCGCUUCAUCGGCAAGCGAUCUAUCCCUGAAAAUGUAGACCACACCCCGCAACCGCACCCGGCCUCCCCUAGCGGCGCCCUCCCGUCUGGCUUCGGCAGCAGCGGCAACUCUCACACAUCUUUCUCCUCGUACCGCGACCACGCUCAGCAGCACGGUCCUCUACGUAAGACCAUUGGCGCUGCCGGUGGCAUUGGCGCCCAGCCGGCUGCCCACCUCGGCCCCAUUGAACCUCCGAAGGGUAUUUACUUCGACCGCAACCAGCUACCCGAACGCUUCCGCCGCGUUCCCCUCACAGCAGCAGAGAUUGAGGCCGUCGAGACAGGUGGCGCUGCUUUGUUCGGUUGA